UGGCUUAAUGAGUUGUUACGCGUGUCUCUCGAGGGAACGUUUUAGGAAUGGUCAUUUUUAGCAGUGAAAUCUGCUGCGCAAAGGAGGAUUAUAACAAAUCUCUGUGAAUGAUAGACUCGAUUGCUAAACCUUGCCUUGACCAACCUUCUGACCCUCGGAGAGAUCUCUCAGGGUGUGCGUGGGAAGGGGAAAAAAAACCCUUCCCAUUUGAAAAUAAACUUGAAAAAAAGACUAAAUUUUUUUGGACAGCCUAACUGCUUUAUAAUUACUUUUUUUUUUGUCUUGUUUUGUGAUAAGUUGUUUUAAAAAGGAUUGUCCUACAUGGUUGUUUUGUAACUGGUGGAGGAAGGAAGGAAGGAUACCUCUCCAGCGUUUCUGAUAUGACAGCUUUGGUUUCUGAAGAGUUAACUGGUGCUUGCAUGAUACACCUAUUGCUAGUCUGGUAGCAGACUUUUCAUCUUUUUAUUUGCUUUUUUUUAAUUAACUGGGGCUGGUGGAGAGGGUUAUCUUGGUCAGAAGAAUAUUUGCACAUAUAUAUAUUGUAUAUAUUUUUGGUGGGGUUCUCCCCACAUUUUACUCUCUCUUGAUGACUCCUGGAGGUGGUAGUGGGCCCAUGAAAGACUGUGAAUACAGUCAGAUCAGCACACACAGCUCUUCGUCUCCCAUGGAGUCUCCCCAUAAGAAAAAGAAAUCGGCUCCCAAGAGAAAAUGGGAGGUUUUUCCUGGAAGAAACAAAUUCUUCUGCAAUGGGAGGAUCAUGAUGGCUCGCCAGACUGGAGUCUUCUACCUGACUCUUGUUCUCAUCUUGGUCACCAGUGGACUCUUCUUUGCAUUUGAUUGUCCAUAUUUGUCAGAGAAGAUUACACCUGCUAUACCUGCAAUUGGUGGGAUUCUUUUCUUUUUCGUGAUGGGGACCCUGCUGCGUACUAGUUUCAGUGAUCCUGGUGUCCUCCCACGCGCAACACCAGAUGAAGCAGCAGAUCUAGAGAGACAAAUAGGUAACACUGAAGAUAUUGCAAAUGGCUCCAGUUCAGGAGGAUACCGCCCCCCUCCCAGAACAAAAGAAGUGAUCAUCAAUGGACAGACAGUGAAACUAAAAUACUGUUUUACUUGCAAGAUUUUCCGCCCACCUCGUGCCUCACAUUGCAGCCUUUGUGAUAACUGCGUAGAACGGUUUGAUCACCACUGUCCCUGGGUAGGCAACUGUGUGGGGAAAAGAAACUACAGAUUUUUUUAUAUGUUUAUUUUAUCUCUGUCCUUUCUGACAGUCUUUAUAUUUGCAUUCGUUAUCACCCACGUCAUCCUUCGUUCUCAACAAACAGGGUUCCUCAAUGCCCUGAAGGACAGUCCUGCAAGUGUGCUGGAAGCUGUGGUGUGUUUUUUCUCAGUAUGGUCCAUUGUUGGCCUCUCAGGUUUUCACACGUAUUUGAUCAGCUCCAAUCAAACAACUAAUGAAGAUAUUAAAGGAUCAUGGUCAAAUAAAAGAGGUAAAGAAAACUACAAUCCAUACAGUUAUGGCAACAUCUUUACUAAUUGCUGUGCUGCACUCUGUGGGCCCCUCUCUCCAAGCUUAAUUGAUAGAAGAGGAUUUAUACAGCCAGAUACACCGCAAUUAGCAGGACCAUCAAAUGGCAUUACUAUGUACGGGGCCACACAAUCUCAGAGCAACAUGAGCAGUAUUGGAGCACAUGAACUAGAUUUCUUUCAGAAGAUGUGCUUCCGGAAUGCACCCAGCAUGCUCUAACUAUUCACGGACGUUCAGUCCAUAAGAACAAACAGUAGCUAGUCUGAAGUAGAAUCCCUGGAACAGGUAUAGUUUCCCCUUUGACUUCAGAGGCGUUUCUCUUCAUAGACCUUCUCCUGGUGCACUGUAUUAUUACUUGCUAGUGGAGCCGUUGACUUGGUGGGGUUUGCGGCUCAGUUGUUGCCCAGUAUCUGCAAUACCAUGAUUUUGACUGUGAAAUCCUACAGCUGUUGGGAACAGUUACACAGCUCCAUCCCUCCACUCUUUCCAAUCUAUUGUAUCCAUCUAGUAUGGUAUUUUUGCAUACUUUCUGUUCCUUCGUAGCAUUGUCAUUCAGUGCUGUCAGUCUCCUCCAAACUUUUUUUGUUGGUACUUUAUUUAGAGAUGGUGAGGUAAUUCAACCUGGUUUUCUCCAUCUUGAGAACUGUAACAAUUCUUUAAUGUUACUAGUGUUUAGAAAACUUUUAACUAAUUUAAAAUUCAAAGUAAAUAAUUUCUGGCUUUGAUAUUAGAAAUGUGAAAAAUAUAUUGCCAUGUACAACAAUUGUGUUAACAUGUAUGUUUUGUGUAGCUUAGAAAAAAAAUUCAGAUUUUCCUCAGGAAGAAAAUUGAAAAAUAAUGUUUCCUUAGCUGUUUGUAUUUAUUAUUUGUGAAAUAAACACAGAAUUUUAGGCUUUGUCUAAUUUGCUUUAAUUUGUGCCUUUUGAUGUGAAAAUAAAUACAGAGAUGGCUAAAAAUCUCUAUGCACAUAUAUAAUUGAACUUACGUAUUUGUAGAACUUAUUAAACUUGUCUUACCUUCAGAAUCUGCUGUUCCUCAGAAACAGUGGAAAUUCUAAGUGGAAAAUAAAAUCAGUAGAUCUGAAGUAAGAAGGUAUUGGUAGAAUAAUUUCUACAGUAGAUUUUUUUAACUAUUUAGAUUUCAGUGCUUGGCUUUUUUGUUACAAUCACAGGCUUUUUUAUUUCAUUUGAAAUUCUGGCAUUGAGUAAUUCGUGUGAUUAAUAGCUGUUAAGACUUUUGGCCCUAAAUUUUAUUUAGUUACGAGUAGAAUACAGAAUCAAGAAAAAAACCACCAUGCCAGCCCUGUAAAGAAAUCCGAGUUCCUAGUUUAGUUUUGUGUUGGCUGUUUAGACCCGAAUCUUUAUAUUAUGUGUUGGUUUUAUAAGAUGUUUUUGAGAACCUCACUGAACACAUCCACCUUUCCUAAUACAAACCCCACUCUAGUUCACUUUUGAAAGCUGUUUGCAGCCUGUAUUUUCCUAAAAUAUUUCAUGUUGGUCACGGUUAAAUAGAGAGG